AUGCUCUCCAAAAAUCUCGUCACCCUUUUUCAACUGUUUUUUGUCUUGAUAUUCAUAUGCAAUAAUUUUGUUGUUAUUUCAUUGCCAAUUAAAAGAGACAAUGAUUGCCCACCAUGGACAUGCAUUGGUAUCAAUGGUAUUGAGACAGGUAAUGCAGUAGGUGGUUCAGGUAUACAAAACACUGGUUAUGGUUCAAUUAUACAAAACUCUGGUUAUGGUUCAGUUAUUGGACAAAACGGAGCGACCGGCGCGAAUAUUCUUGUAAAUUGA